AUGGCCAGGGAGCAUGCCUUCCAGACUCGGGCGCUCAAUUACUGUAUCUUCACUACGGUGGUCAUCGUCAUAUGCGCUGCCGCAAACUACCCCAUUGUGCGGUGGAUAUCCACCGUCCACACGAAGUUCUGCGUAACGCAAGCGUGCGAACGGCUCACGCGGGACGUUCGCACAUCGAUGAACAGGAAGCAGCCACCAUGCCAAGACUUUUAUCAGUUCACCUGCGGAAAAUGGCAACACACUCAUCCCGGAUUCCCCAAUCAAACGGAGUACACGUACAACAAAGUGGUGGCGGAGGUAGUGAGAAAUUUGAAACGCAUCGACGUCCCAGCCAGCAACCAGACAGCGGUGCAAAAGGCGGCCGCUGCGUUCCGGUCGUGCCUGAACAUGGUAAACAGUGAAGCGAUCAACAGCAACGAGCUCUUGAACUUCAUCGGGAGUCUUGACAUCACGUGGCCAUCAGGUGGCACCAUGGGCCAACUGAAAGCGCUCGACGUGCUCGUGAAGCUGUCCUUGUCCCUGGACAUGCACUUGCUUUUCACCGUGGAUAUCUACGUGGACUACAGCGAGACGUACAGCUUGAGAGUGUCCGUGCCAAGUCACAUGCUGUACGCCAAUUCGCACAGUUACACGACCAAAGAACGGAAGAGGGAAGUGCUCAGCCUGUUAUUUGGCAACGAAAACUUCGACGCGAUGCUCGCGGUACUGACCAAGUAUGAACAGAAAAUAAAGCAAGUAAUGGUCUCGGUGACCGCUGUGCGGCGUUUUACCGACACUCUCGCAAUCAGAGGGAUCGGAAAAUACAUGCCGAACCAGCCAGGCUCUGAAUGGGUGCACGCCCUUAACAGAGAGCUACCAAAUGCCAAAGCGAUCACAGAGGACACGCCUGUUCGCGUCGACGAUGUCGCCCAUCUCGAAGCAAUAUCUGAACUUGUUUACGAACUGGAAGAUCAAAUGUUAUUGUCUUGGUUCGUCGGCUGGAAUGUGUUCGAACUGUUGGCACUUGAUGCUUCCUACCAGCUAGGUAUUGUCCUGGCGGGCUCGACUGGCGCAUUCAACGAGAAGCACUGCUUCAACGCCGUGCGGGACAACCUUCACUUCGCCCUUACUACCAGGACUUUACUAUCUUUCAGCGAGCCGUCGACGCGAGCUGCUAUUUCGGCUACGACCAGUGCGGUUUGGCGAAGCUACCUUCACUACAUUCGUGCCAAUGGUUGGAUGGACAUGUCAACAAAAGCACGUGCUCUGGAGAAGGCGAGACAAAUGAUAUUACUUGAUGGCUACCCGCGGUUUGUCGAUAACACGGAAAACCUUAACAAAUUUUACUCCUACAUACCGGACCUGACAGGUGAUUUCAUGAAAACAAUAAUAACGAUGAAGCAAGCUAAGAUGAAUUACUUGAAGAGUUACCUUCACAUGUCAGCGCAGAAAACCAGCCUGCAAAAAUGGAAUUAUCCUCUGCUGAGUCUUGAUUCUCUCAGAUUUCACAACGACCUAAACAAAAUCGUUGUACCCGUUGCAGCGGCAGCGGAACCUCUUUAUCUUAAGUACUUUCCGACAUCGUGGAAGUUCGGAGGUUUAGGAACCGCCAUUGCAGAACAAAUGUUUCAUGCCUUCGACGUAACUGGAAAGGACUUCGACGGCUUCGGCGGUCCUCUUGACUGGUGGUCCAACAAUACGCGGCUUGCGAACAAUAAGAGAUCGCUGUGCUACCUUAAAGAUUUCGUACAGUGGUCAGAGGGUGCACCUGGGCUGUCUACAGUAGACCAGUACCGCGCCCUGCUUGCUUCCAUCGAAGGCGUUCGCCAGGCGUUUCGAGCGUAUGCCCUGAAGAAAGACGCCAACCGAAAGCACUUGCGUACAAUAGACUUUCUCGCACCCUCACAGGUCUUCUAUUUGAGCUACUGCUUUCGAUGGUGCUCCAAAGAUGAGCCCCAGAAUGCUAUGAACGCGCACAUGUGCAACUUCCCGCUAGCCUACAGCAAGCAGUUCACCGACGUCUACGGCUGCCAAAAAGGUGAUCGCAUGUACUUCCGGCGGAAAUGCAAGUGA